AUGAGCACUGAUAAAAUUCACAAGUCAUGCUCCGCAGACCAGGUGAAGAGAAUAAAUCGAGCACUGAAUGAUGUUGAUGAGCUUAUUGAAGCGACAUUCCCUGUUACGGGAAGUAAUGAUGUAUUCAUCAAGUAUUUUGGGACCGGCUGGACGGUGGGCGAACAAUAUGACAUUUUGACAUCAUUCUACCUUCUAGAUAACUACCAAGCAGCCAGAGACCUACUUCAAGGCAAAACCAGUGAUCCUAAAGUAUGGCUUACCUGUGAGGAUGUUGAAGGAACGUGUAAAACUGCAGGAGUUAUGGCUUAUGUCACACGACAACUCCCACUACAAAUGGUCUUCUGUCCUGAUUACUUCGGCUGGAAGCACCUAAAAGAUGUCGCAAAAGGAAAGCCAACAACGGAUCUUUGGGAAUUGCGCACGUGCGAGCAUUUCCUCCUUCAUGAAAUGUUUCAUGUUUACCCUGCUACUUAUUACACUGCAUUCAACACUAGGGACUUUUUCCAUGACAGACCGACCGAUCAUCAUACGACAGAAGCCUAUUUCAAGCAAAAAUGGAAAAACACAUUUCCCCGUGAUGAGCCUGAGCCUUCCGGGGACCCUGAAGAUACUCCAGACAAUGACGAUGCGGUUACAACUCCUGACCAGGUGUGCGAGGCGCAAGGCGCCCCAAUACAGGAUGAUUGCUCUGCUUUUUUGCUUGAUAUCCCUGACUCAGCGGAUCCGAUCGACCCGACCAAAGCUGGUGGAUGCUACACCAGGGACGGAACCUCGUAUAAGUGGUGUGAUCUUUACACUGCGUACAGUUGUCAAGUAUCUGUCGGGUGGGAUACUUCGGAAAACGGUGGAACAAAUCCUCUGUAA